CCCUCUCAACGGCCUCCUCGUUCGGUCUCCCACUUCCUAGUUCUCACCGACGGUGAUUCACUUCCUUUAUGUCCGGCUCGCCGGGCGGUUCCGGGCCACGCGGCAGUGGCAGAAGAGGCGGAGGCGGCGGUAGAGGUCCGCCCUGGGUACCUUCGCCCGAUUCCUCUCCCCAGAGCCCUGAGCAGGCCGCCUCCUCCUCCUCUGCCGCCGCCGGCUACCACCCAAACGAUCACGUUCGAAACGCUGGCUUCUUUCCAUCGCGCAUUCUCCAGCGCGAAGGGCAGAGAUCUCGCGCCCCGUCGAUUAGCGUAGAGAGGGCGGAGGCAGCGGUGGCCAAGGCGCGGAGUGAUCUCCUCGCCGCCGGGCAGAGCGUCUCGGCAUGGAAGCUGUCGCAGGCGGCGGCGCUGGCCCUCCAGGUCGACUCCUGGGGUUCUCUAGGGUUAAGCUACCAUGACGUGCCCACUCUGCGUCAGAUUCAGUUAGUGGAAGGAAAGGUAAAUGCAUUUAUACGCUGCUUUGUGAGCGUGAGAAGGAUGACAUCGGUGCAUGAUUUGGAUGUGGAGAUAUGCAGGAAUGAGGGUGUUGAGCAGUUUGAAGAGCUUGGUCUGGGAACUUUGCUCCGUCAACCGCUGGUGCAGCAAUAUUUUUCAGUCCCUUCGGAUGCAACGGAAGUGUGCAAGAUAACAAUAGAGGAUCUGAUUUCUCGCCUCUCUGUUUUCCUUUAUAGAGCUAAGAAUAAGGAGAUCAAAGUUGAGGAGUUUCUGGAUUUUCUUGUCCAGAAGUAUUCAGUUGUAACCAGGGAAAAUCUUGGUGUGCGGAUUCAGGGCUUAGGGUUAUAUAUCAAAUUUAUAAAGGGAGCCAGAAGGACAGAAAAUGCUGCUUUUAAGUGUCUCAGGGAAAAUGGAUUGCAGAAAGAAGAGAUGGAAAGUUCAAUAGAUACUAUUUUACAUCAUAUGAAGUCAUUACCAUCACCAAGUAUGGACUGCAGUGAUUCAUAUAAAAAAAAGGGUAGAAAAAAAUCUUCUGGAAAUGAAGAGAAACGUGAAAAUCAAAGUGAGAAAGGAUAUGAAAUGAUUCAAAUAGAUCCCUCAAAGCUACAGAAACUUGAAAUCCCAAAUGGAGACAUCAGAAGGUUUGUUGCAACUUGGAAGGAAGCUUGUCAGAAGCACUCUGCUUCUGAGGUUCUCGCUUUGAUGCUGCACAUCUAUGGGCCAUCAGAAAAGCAGAAAAGGAAGAAGCUAAGGAUUUUUUCAUCUUAUCCUGGUGUUGGCUUAUUAAAUGUUGCUGUUCAAUCUAUUAAAUAUGGAUUACUGGAUCGUGUUGCAGAAGACAAUGUUGUCAAUGAUACCCCAACUCUGCCUCUUGCUGAUAUGUCGGACAAUGACCCUUUGACUGAAAGUGAGGCAACAUUACUUGAUGAAGCAAGCACAGACGAAAUUGAAAACAGGGAGUCUAUGCUUGUAAAUGAGGAUAAAAUAGGAGUCACCGUUGAUGAUAUCAUUAAACAGAUUGCUGCCUAUUUUGGGCUUGGUCAUCUUGUUCCUAGACAGGAAGUCCUGCCGCUGGAAAAACGAAACAUGUUUCGUGACUGUGAGAUAUGGUUAAAAACAAAAUUUUCCAUCAAGGAAUUCAAAGAUCUUGGUUAUGGGAAUUUCUUGGAGUUUCUAGAUAAGCAUGCUUCUCUGCUUCCUAGUGAAGUGCUUUGUUUCUUAACUGAAAAGUGCUGUGGCAAUUCUUCUUUGGAGGUAUCCAUGCUUCAACAACAGUUGCUGGUUUUAUUAUCUCAAGCUGCAAGGAACUUGGGAAGCAAUGGUGUUCUAAACAAGCAGCUUGUUUCUAUGCUUCUCAAGAAACAAUUUCCAUCCAUCAGCUUUCAGAUAUUGGGAGGGGAAGUUGAAAAUGUUUAUCCAGAUCUUUCAAAAAACGAAAACAAUUCUAGCAUUUCCUGCUCUGUUUAUUUUUCUGGAACGUUGUUGGGGAACUGCUGCAAUGGAAACUCAUCGCUAAACAUUGAGAAUAUCUCCACAAAUUCAUUUGAGAUGAUUUCGAACAUGAAUCAUUCAACAGGUUCCUUUUCUGCGAAAGAUGCAAUCAAAUGCUUACUCAAAGCACCACUGCUUUCAGAUCUACAGUCAUGGUCACACUGGGAUCUUAUAUUUGCCCCUUCGCUUGGACCUCUUCUGGACUGGUUAUUGAAUGAAGGUUGUAUUGGAAAAUUAUCAUGUAUAGUGACAUGUGAUGGUCGAAUACUUCGGAUUGAUAAUUCAGCAACUUUUGAUGAAUUUUUGGAGGGUUUUAUUCAAGGGUCAUCAUUCAAAGUGGCGGUAAAGUUGUUGACACUGUUUGCAGCAUAUGGAGGUGCAAAAAAUGUUCCAGUAAGCCUUCUAAAAUGCUAUGCCAAGCGUGCGAUAGAUGUCAUAAUUAAAAACACUAUGGAGUGUAUAGAAACAAAAACUAAUGGAGAGAUUUCCAUGCACAAAAACUCUUUGCAAGAGCAGAGUAUGGUUGAUUCAGCUGAUAGGGGCACACUUUUGGUUGAUUCUCUCUGGAGAAUGAAUGAAGCAUAUGCUGCUGGAUCAAAGUUUAUCCUGGACUGCCUUGGUCAUCUCCCUGCAGAAUUUCGCAGUUCUGCUGCAGAGAUACUGGUCCCAGGAUUGCAAAUUGUCACUCACAAUGCGGCUGCAAUCAUUUUAAGUCAAUGCAAGCGAACUGAUGAACGUGUUAUGCUUCAUGACAUCGGUUUGUCCCUCGGGAUAGUGGAAUGGAUUGAAGAUUACCAUGAAUUUAGUUCAGCUAUAGCUGCUGACUUGUUUGCAUCUCCAGGGAAUGUAAACAGUGCUUCUGAAACUUUGUGUAUAGAACGGGGCAGAGAGCAAGAACUCUCACCAAAAAAAUCAGAUUCAUUUUCUAUUAGUGAUAAACCACCGGUCAACUUUAAGGCAGAUACUGAAUUGUUGGAUGGACAUGAACAAGCAUUUGAAGAAGACAGCACAAUGAUAGUUUGUACUGGAGAGCCCAGUAAAACGGUUUAUGACAGUCUCCAUUCAGUUGGCUCCAAUAUUAAAGAAGUCCAGGAUGCAAAUUUUCUUAUUGAAACCAUACGACGUGAGGAAUUUGGUUUAGACCCAGAUCUCCAACUUGCUGAGAAUAGCUUGCUAAAGAAGCAGCAUGCUCGUCUAGGUAGAGCACUCCAUUGUCUUUCGCAAGAGUUGUACUCACAAGACUCGCAUUUUCUACUUGAGCUGGUUCAGAAUGCUGAUGAUAACAGUUAUCCAGAUAAUGUAGAACCUACACUGGUUUUCAUUCUUAAGUCUACUGAAAUCAUUGUUCUGAACAAUGAAAAAGGGUUUUCUUCACAGAAUAUUAGAGCACUGUGUGAUGUUGGAAAUUCAACAAAGAAGGGAUCAAGUGCUGGAUACAUAGGGCAGAAAGGCAUUGGCUUCAAAUCAGUAUUUCGGGUCGCAGAUGCACCGGAGAUACAUUCAAAUGGUUUUCAUGUGAAAUUUGAUAUAAGUGAGGGUCAAAUUGGUUUUGUUUGCCCGACUAUAAUCCCUCCUUAUGAUAUCAACCACAUAGAGAGGCAACUACUAUGUGAUGAUCAAAGUGAUACCACCUCCUGGAAUACUUGUAUUGUGCUUCCCUUCAAUUCAAAACUAAAACAAGGGACAGGUAUGAAUUCUGUCAUUUCCAUGUUUUCAGAACUUCAUCCUUCACUGUUACUGUUUCUUCAUCGCAUUCAAUGUAUAAAGUUUAAGAACAUGCUUGAUAAUAAGCUUGUUGUAAUGAGAAGAGAGACUCUGGGAGAUGGCAUAGUCAUGGUUUCCCAUGGCAAAGAGAAAAUGAGUUGGUUGGUGGUCAGCCGCAAUUUGCAAGCACGAAACAUUCGUCAUAAUGUAAAAACUACUAAGAUUGCGAUAGCCUUUACACUUCAGAAGUCAGAUAAUGGAGACUACAAGCCACAUCUGGAUCAACAACCUGUUUUUGCAUUUCUUCCUCUGAGAAAAUAUGGGUUGAAAUUUAUUCUACAAGGUGACUUUGUUUUGCCUUCUUCUAGAGAAGAAGUUGAUGGAGAUAGUGCUUGGAACCAGUGGUUGCUUUCAGAGUUCCCUGACUUGUUCAUUAAAGCAGAAAAGUCCUUCUGUGAGCUUCCUUGUUUUCAAGAGAGUCCAGGAAAAGCUGUUACAGUCUAUAUGAGUUUUGUUCCUCUUGUUGGUGAAGUUCAUGGCUUUUUUUCUCAUCUUCCACACAUGAUAGUAAAUAAAUUACGCAUGUCAAAUUGUUUGCUUUUGGAUGGCCCCACUUUGGAAUGGGUUCCCCCACACAUGGUGCUUAGAGGUUGGGAUGACCAGGUGCGCACUUUAUUACCUGAGGGUUUGCUUCAGCAGCAUCUUGGGCUUGGUUAUUUGAAUAAGGAUAUUAUGUUGUCGGAUUCAUUAGCAAGAGCACUGGCUAUUCAAGAAUAUAGCCCAGAACUUUUAAUUCAAAUCCUAUCGUCUAUAUGUCAUGAAAAGGAUGACAUUAGGUCUAUGGGCCUUGAUUGGCUCGCUUCAUGGCUCAAUGCUCUUUACACUACCUUAUCUGUAAGUUCUUCUGGACAUCAAAGCUUUGCAAGUGUUGGGAGAGAAUCAAAUCUUUUAAAUAGACUUAGAGAAGUUCCAUUUAUUCCGCUUUCAGAUGGUUCAUUUGGUUCAAUGUCUGAAGGGCCAAUUUGGUUACCCUCUGAUGAUCUCACUUCAAGGUUUGGAGGUGAAAAUAUUCUUCAGCAUUUUCCUGGUCUAUCUGCCAACCUUCGUGUUGUAACUCCCUUCAUCUUCUCCACAGUUGCUGCAAACGCUUGCAACACAGAGGGUACAGGACUGGAUAACCUUAUAAGUAUACUGCGUAAAAUUGGUCUCCAGCUGUUGACCGCACAUGAUAUUAUCAAACAGCAUAUUAUGCCAUCUAUUUCUGAUGGGAUGGUCGGAAGACAAGACAUGAAUAUAAUGAUUGAGUACCUAUCUUUUGUAAUGGUCCACUUUCAGUCAGUUUGCUCUGCUUGCCAUAUUGAAAAGGCAGACAUAAUAUCCUACUUACAGACAAAACCUAUCAUACUGACCAACCAUGGCUAUAAAUGCCCCAGUGAGGAACCGAUCCACUUCAGCAAAGAGUUUGGCAAUUCUGUUGAUAUAAAGAAAUUGAUUGAUGAUACAGACAUCAAAUGGAAUGAAAUAGAUGCCAUCUAUUUGAAGCACCCAGGAUUUCAGUCGUUAUCAUAUAGGAUGAUGAAGUGGAGGGAGUUCUUCCAAGAUUUAGGUGUUAAUGAUUUUGUGCAAGUAGUGCCUGUUCAGAAGAAAGCAGCAGAUGUUUUUUCUGCCAAUUUAAGGAGCAUGUUACCAUGUGGGAACCAUGCUGCAAUUGAAUUAUUUGUCAAGGACUGGGAAUCAGUGGAGUUGGUCCAGUUAUUAUCAGCACUUUCCUCCAAAAAGCAUCUGGAAAAGUGUAAAUAUCUUCUGGAAGUUUUAGACAAAAUGUGGGAUGAUUGCUUUAGUGCAAAAGCAAAAGGCUACACUCUUUCUCAGUCAAAAGAAGAUACUAAAACCUUCAAAUCUUCAUUCAUGGGAAGCAUUUUAAGCUUUAAAUGUGUGGCAUCAAGUAUGGACAACGAAGUUCAUUACGCUAAUGAUCUUUUCUAUGAUUGUGAAGCAGUACAAUCUAUCCUGGGAACUCUUGCUCCAUAUGCCAUUCCAAAGCAGUUGACUAGCUGGAGAUUUUUGGAGGAUAUUGGAUUUAAGAUUCAAGUCACUCUUGAUGAUGCAUUGAGAGUGAUGCAGAACUGGAGAGAGUUAGAGACCGCUCAUGUCAGCAUUUCUUUAAUGUCCAAAUUCUACACGUUCAUUCGGGAUGAAAUGGCUGAAUCAAGUGAGAAAACAGCAGAGGUCAGAUUGGGACUUUAUAUAUUUAUCCCAUUUAUUUGUGCAGCUAGAUGUAUGGAUGUUGUACCAGGUACUUUCGUGUCCCCCGACGAAGUCUUUUGGCAUGAUCCAACUGGUUGCAUGGACCUGUUGAUGGAGAAGAUACUUAAGCAUGUCUCAAAAAGUGAAAAUAGAAGUCUUCCCUGCAUGCCGCUGUCCAGUCUCUAUCCAAGCCUUCAUGACUUUUUUGUGACUGAUUGUGGUGUGCUCGAGACGACUCCUCCUAAUCGGUAUUUUCAGAUAUUGCUUCAGCUGUCGUGUAUCACGUCCCCUUCAGAGGCUUCUCAUGAAGUUUUUCAAGUUUUUUUGAAGUGGGCUGAUGAUCUCGGACCUGAAUCGAUGAAGGCUGAAAAACUACUUGACUUGAAAGAAAGUCUUAUUAAGCCCGAAAACACAGUGCUUCCAACCAUCCAGGAUAAAUGGGUUUCCCUCCACCCACAGUUUGGGCUUAUAUGUUGGUCUGAUGAUAAGGAAAUGAUGGAACAAUUUAUGCAUUUCAAUGAUGUUUCCCUUCUACAAUUUGGUGAACUUAAUGAAAUCGAAAAGGAGGCUCUUACUGGAAAAGUUGCUGGGUUUCUGAGAGAUAUAGGUAUUCCAGCUCUGUCAGAGGUUGUAACUCGCAAACCUAUAUAUUAUGGAAUAGUAGAUGCAACAGAAAAAGCUUCUUUGGUUAACUGGGUUUUCCCUUAUGCACAACGUUAUAUGAGCAAGCUUCAUCAUGAUAUAUACAUUCACCUAAAGCAGUCUGGAUUUGAGAAACUUAGCCAGCUACAAAUUGUUGUAGUCGAGGAACUAUUCUAUAGAAAUACUCUGAAGGGGCAUGAUAGUGGCAGCAAAAGACGAUUGGAGUGCAGCUGUCUUUUGCAGGGAAAUAUCUUAUAUGCAACACAUAAUGCAGAUUCAUGCUCAUUAUUUUUGGAGCUUUCUCGAUUUUUUUUUCACGGGGCUGUGGAGCCACGCAUGGCAAAUUUCCUUCACACCAUCACAUUAAUGGCUGAGUUGGGUCGCACUGGGGAACAGUUGGAAUCCUAUAUUGUCAACAGUCAAAAGGUGCCUGAGCUUCCUGAUGGAGAGCCUAUCUGGUCACUUUUAAGCCCAUUAACACAAUAUGAGGAUGAAGUUUCCUCUCAAACUGCUGUUCUACCUAUCCCUGUUAAGCAAAGCUGUUCAAAAUUCCCCAGGAAAUUUACAAAAUUGCUCAAUUGGCCACCAACAAAUUCGAAAAAUGUGUUUUAUGCAUCAGAUAGUCAAGUUAAGGAACAACCUGGGCAUGCAACUAUUACGAGCUUACAGAAUGUUUCUGAAGAACUUCCUGGAAGCACCGUGCAUACAGAAGAGUCUACUCUGUUGGAAAAUGAUAACAAUUCUUCCACGGAAGUUGACUCAAAAAUGACAGCCUUACUCUGUCAAGAAUCUGAAAAUGUGGAAGAUGGAGGGCAGCUAGUUGCACCUUGUUCUAUUGACAAAGGAAUCACUAAAAGUUUGGAUCUGGUUAAUGCAUCAACAUUCACUGAGAGGAACAGGCUUUGUAUGGAAACUCCAGACGAGAACCAAUCUUAUAAAGCAGGCAGGCUAGGAGAGCUUGUAGCUUUCAAAUACUUCACGGAGAAACUUGGUCCAACAGCUGUAAAAUGGGUCAAUGAGGAAACAGAGACAGGUUUACCCUACGAUUUGAUUAUUGAGGAAGAAGGUAACACAGAAUUUAUUGAGGUCAAGACGACGAUGUCUGCCAGCAAAGAUUGGUUCCCAAUAUCAACAACGGAGUGGCAUUGUGCGGCUGAAAAAGGUGACUCAUUCAGCAUCGUACGGGUCUUCCUGUUGGGCCUAACAAAUCCUGAGAUUUUGAUCUUGAAGAACCCAUGGAAGCUCUGCCAACAACAUGCGUUGCAGCUGGCUUUAUUGAUGCCGUGCAGCACUGAGAACUGAACUACCUAGAUUGCUCCAUAAUAUAUGGUGAAUUUUCCAGGGAAUGUUGAUCAUACUGUGCACACAUAUAAAGGAAAGUGUACUGUUGCUGUUGAUCGUAAGGUUGAUUACAUACCUGCAUAUUCGUAGUGUGAGGAAUUUGGCAACACAUAUUUCAUGCCGCAGAUAGCCAAAUUAAUGUCUGCUAUAUCUAUAAGAAACCGGCCCCUGUUUUUGGUCUAGUUGUGUAAGUAAAUUGCUGUAAAGCAGACGAUAUGAUCCUAAUUUCACACAGAAAGGGAUGGAAUCCGCUCUGCAUGUUUGCAAUGAACCUCGAGUUGCUUAAAGUAGUUUGCUGUAAAUUUAUAGUCAGUUGCUUGUGCUUCAUACUGUCAAGGCUCUCUGUCCAGCAUUCCAACAAAAAACUCUUGUUUGUUUCCUAUUUUUAUGUCACAAGCUGCUGCAGUUGCUCUUUUGUUUGAUGGGAUGAUGUUAGUUUUCUGGGACUGAAAGCUGAUCUCCAGUUCUGCGUGUAAAGAACACAUGCUGUACUGUUAUCAUAAACCCUAAAACCUACUGUGGACUGGUCUUUUAUUUAAGCUAUAGAAAGGAAUUUUGAGGUUCUGUAGUUUUU